UUCGCAGGAAGAUCGUCUUGAGCAAUCCAGAGAAGAGGAACGCGCUGUCGCUGGCAAUGCUGAAAUCUCUCCAAAGUGACAUUCUUCACGAAGCUGAGAGCAAAGAUCUGAAAGUCAUUGUCAUUUCAGCUGAGGGGCCUGUAUUUUCUUCUGGGCAUGACUUAAAGGAACUGACGGAUGAGCAAGGCCCAGAUUAUCAUGCUGAAGUGUUUCGAACCUGUUCUGAGGUCAUGAUGCUGAUCCAGAAUCACCCCGUGCCAAUCAUUGCCAUGGUGAACGGCUUGGCCACUGCUGCCGGGUGUCAGCUGGUGGCCAGCUGUGACAUCGCCGUGGCGAGCGACAAGUCCUCUUUCGCCACCCCGGGUGUGAACAUCGGGCUCUUCUGCUCCAGCCCUGGGGUCGCCUUGGGGAGAGCAGUGCCGAGAAAGGUCGCCUUAAAAAUGCUUUUUACUGGGGAGCCCAUUUCUGCUCAGGAGGCCUUGCUCCAUGGGCUGCUCAGCAAAGUGGUGCCUGAAGAACAGCUGGAGGAGGAGACCAUGAAGAUAGCAAAAAAGAUUGCCUCCUUGAGCCGUGUUGUGGUGUCUUUGGGCAAGGCCAGCUUCUACAAGCAGCUGCCCCAGGACCUUAGAACAGCCUACUACCUCACCUCCCAGACCAUGGUGGACAACAUAGCCCUGCCAGAUGGGCAGGAGGGAAUCAAGGCCUUCAUCCAGAAGAGAAAACCUGUCUGGUCACACUAGCCGACCUUAUCAGAGACUGGAGGGGAGUGUGCCCAGUGGGCAGUGCUCAGACAUCCCCACCCCAUGCCUUCUGGUCCCCAAACACCACUGCUGCCUUAUGAUUGUAA